AUGAUUAUCCUACUAUUCCUCUUCAAUCUGAUAACAUCAAUCCUGAGUCAAAAUCUCUACGGACCAUCCCAGCUAGAUUUAUACUGGCGACUUUUGCGAUCUCAAAAUCUUGGAGGUGUAGGUCUCCUCCCAAACAUUGAUAACCAAAUCAAAGUGAUCGAAAAACAACAAUUCCUAUCUGGUUUACCACCAUUGCCGAUGACUCAUGAAGAAAUGAUUCAUGUUUUGACAACUGAAGCGCCAACAACUACACCAAGACCGACUGCUAGACCAACUUCACCGCCUCCGGCACAUGAUCCGUUUGUUUUGAAUAAUGAACCGGAGAAUCCACCGAUUCCUGAGGAAAGGUUAGUUGUUUUGGGCUUCAAGGAAAGUUAUCUUAACUCUUCAAAACCCUGGGAUAAACCUAGAACGCCUAUGUGACUUUCUGAAUCAUUCAGAAAGCUCAGAACAUUUCUGAACCCUUCGAGGAUUCAUUGAUUUUCCAGAAUCGGUGGAACCUUUGACGUCGAUGGAAAUUUCGUGUCCAACGUUCCAGUUGUUAAAAAAUCAUUGGCUCGCGGAGCCCGGAAUUAUCGAUUGAGUGACACUGCAAAUGAGCAGAAAUAUGGUUAUCAGGCACAAUUUCAUAAUCCAAUUCAUGUGAGUUUUUUCUAUUAUAUUUUUUCUGGGUUACUGUAGCUGAAUAUUUUCUAAAAAUCACAGGUUCCAUCAAAAUUUCACAAUAUUUUUGAAUUUUUGCAGUUUCAAUACCAGAAGAUUUCGGAAUUUUGUUUAAAAUCGCUUAGCUUCUCAAAAUUCUUGAAAAUUUGAAAAAUUGUUCUGGUCCCUAAUUUUUCAUUUGCAUUGCUCAUAUUAGUCUUUGAAAAGUUCCAGAGUUCAAAAAAACUCCAAAAUAUUUUCCAAAACCAAAUUUUCAAUUAUCAUUGCUCAUAUUAACACAAAAAUUUUCAGAAAACCGCUCAAAAUCGAUUCAUCCCAACAGCAACACGUUCACCACUUCCACAGCGAUCCACCUAUCCACCAAUGAUUUUCCGCGCCAAACCACAACCCACAAAUCGUGACGCAUAUUUGAAUAAUCUACUUCUGGAAAUCGAAGAAUACGAUGAUUUUUUGGACCAAGUCAAUCAAUUUAAGGGGCGUUAUCCUGGUGCAAAUGUUCCGAAUCCUUAUCGAAAUCUUCCGGAUGGCAAAUUGCCCGCUUUGAGUCAACAAUACAAAAAAUGA